AUGGAUCUUGCAGUGGUUUCAUCAACAUUGGGCACGAUCAAUAGACAGCUCAAAAGAGGCGUAACCGUCUCGAUUGAGAAUUAUCACGAACAUUAUGUAUUGAAGAACAUGGAAUACUAUUGCGAGACCGAUUGUUUGGAAGCCCCGACCAUCUCAAUUCCUCCCACGAAAGGUGGAGUAACAGCAUUCAAGUCUUCAAUAGCCAAAGGUCCACGAGGUCUUCUUAUAUACGAAUUCAAGGGCGUUGAUGAUGCGUUCACUCUCGCCGAACGUCUAUUUCUCAUAAUCGGUUGGGACGUUCCCCUCGUCAGUGACAAUCACUUCUUCCUUCGCGUGGCACAUGUAGAAUCGAAAGAUUUUCCAAAAAUGGAGCCAGAGAGACAGAGAGUGCUGGAGCUCUUGUUUAAAAAUAAGGUUAAAGCAGGGAAUUCUAUAUCUUGGGAUGCUUAUCCAGAAGUUGUUACCGACCAAAUAGUGGAAAAUGAUGACAAAGAAGAGGCUAUAUCAAAAAGUGGGUUAUCGGUUUCUGCAUCUAUGGCUACAGCCGCCUUAGCCAAUAUCAAGGUCGAGUUAUACCCCCGCCAAUCUGCGUCAGACGAGCAGGAACAAGGAAUAUUACGCAUUGGACCUCCGCCGCAAAGUUUAUUCACAAGGUUGGUGGGCGAGGCUGAGAAUUUGAUUAAAUCCGUUAAUAUUAAGGAACAAAAGUAG